AUGGCUGAACGUGAGUUGGCAACGACUGCCGAAACUGAACUCCUUUUAGAAAGCAAAGACGAGCCAGUGGUGAAUGUAGAAAACAAUAAAACGCAACAACAAUCGGUCAGUGAUCAACGGAAGAAACUUAAAAGACGGUUUGACCUUCAGAGAUUACUAUAUGACGAGUUCUGCAACAUUGUGCUGUUAAAAGAGCAGCCUGUUGAACCUGAACCUACGCCCGAAAAUUCAAAGAAGCUGCAAGAGCGUACGAAACCGACGCCCGAAAGAUCGAAAGAGCCGCAAAAAGCUGAGCAAUCGACGUCCAAACCGGUGCAGAAGCCGUCGAGGCCUGCGCAACCGACGGAUGAAAAGAAGGAGAAGCUGAUAGAACUUUUGAGAAAGCCAGAAUGGGAAACCCUUGCAACGCUCGUGACUGAAACGAAGAACUGGGAUGCGGUGUCUACGAUUCCGUAUGAGAAAUCCUUUCUGUACCAUACGCGCCUGCAAAAAGUGAUUGGCACGCUGCUGACCAACACGGCUAUCAGCUUUCCAUUUCUUGAAAUUAUCAUAGAGCGUUUUGAUGCUGACAACGAGCGUAUCGAGCCGAGUCAUGAUGCUCCGAUACAUUAUCUUGUGCAGCAGCUGAAUGGCGAUUUCUUGGAUUGGCUUCUAAAUGAGCGGAAAAACUCUGUGAACGUAAACUCACGUAAUAGUCGAAAGGAAACUGCGCUAGCCAUCCUUUGCUCAUCGUAUGACAAAUGCAUGAAAGAGAUUAACAAACCAGAGGAAAAACGAACAAUGACUAAUGACGAAUGUACUAAAAUGUUGGAGAAGAUAAGACAACUGAUCGAAAAGUUACUGGACGCUGGAGCUGACUUUAAUAUUUGCAGCAUGCAGCUAAAGUUGCCAUUUGAGUUGCUUCAAAAGUACUCCAAAAACGAUAAACCUACAAAAAUGUUCGUGGAUCAGUGCGUGCAGAAAGCCAAACAAGCUCUCGUGAUCGAUCAAAACGAGUCAAAUGUGCGUGUUUUUGACUUUUACAACAAAGAGUCGCCGGUGAAGGUAACGGAGGAGCUACUGGAGAUAUGUUUGCGGUUCAAAGACAAGCGGAUCUUCCUGCAGUACUUUCCCAACUUCGUAGAGACGAAACAGAACGUAAAGAAAGUGAUUCAGGUGGUACUUCAUACCGCGGUCGAGCAGAAGAUGAGCGAAUGUGUGCAGAAGAUCGUCGACCGUUUCGGUGCCCUGAUAUUUCAGGUGGUUCCACCGGUUAGAAAGCCACCGACUGGAAACGAUGCGAAUGCCAAAUCGCACAAGUCCUCGGUACUAGUACAUCGAGUUGAAUUUAAAGGACUCCUAAAAAAGGCGUGUUUGGCUCCAGAUGUUUCGAUUGCACGUCUGCUCAUUAGUCGCAUAACCGAUCCGCUAGUGCUAAAUGACGAUCCACUACUAGCUCUAACACUAACGAAGGCGAACGAAGCUAAACGCUACUCGGAGGACAGGGAAGCGCUCUUGACGGUGGCGAGUUAUCUUGCCACCCAACAGAACAUCUUCAUCACCAAAUCAGACAAUUCUGGUAACACACCGCUUCAUCUGGCGCUGAAAUACGGCUUCCAUGACAUCGCAAACACAAUAUUGAAGCAACGUUACGCCUACAUUGGCUUGCGAAAUCGAGACAACAUGACACCUUUGAAUUAUGGUGGGUGUGAUUUCUGGAACAACUAUCUGGAUAGUUGCAUUGUAGUUGAUAGCAAACGAGCCGCCCAGGACAGAAACAUACUUAUGUUCAACCUGAACUGUCUCGAACCGUUUCCGCCACGUAAGAAACCUUCUCCGAAAAUUGCCCCAACAUCAUCAAGUCAAAGAAAGGAAAGCUGCACGCAAUUCUGCCUGAACUGGCUUAAAUGUUGUUCGUGUAAGAAAACUUCAGGAGAACACUCUCGUACAGCAGCAGCCGAAGCAGCAGCAACAGCAACAGUAGCAGGCACAACAACAACAGCAGCAGCAGCAGCAACAACAACAACACCAGCACCAGCAGCACCAGCAGCAGCAGUAGCAAAGCAGAAGAAAAACAAUUGGUGGUCCAUUGUACAGAAAGCGUCACAAAUGAAGCAGCCACUGGAGCACUAUACCCAAGUUCAAACUGAGAUGACUGUCAUACGGCAGAUCGCGGAAUCAAACGACUUGAAACCUCUAUUAGUUCAUCCGAUCAUAUACACGUUCAUUAUGGUCAAGUGGAUUCGGUUAAGUCACUGGAUGUAUCUAAAUCUCCUGCUCACUUCCAUGACGAUGGUGGUUUUUGGAUGGCACUCGCUGGAUGCAUGCGCUGUGGACACCAAUCCUUCGAUAUCGUUAAUAAUCGGUGCAUCCCUUGGAAUUCUAUACAUUACGCUUCGUGAGGUACUGCAAUGGUUGAUCCUGCGAAAGUCAUACGUUUCGCUCGCGAACCUGAUGGACAUUGUUAAUAUAUUUGGGAUGAUCUUGGUGCUGUCGCUAGGCUGCAUAGGAUGGCUAUCGUCAGUUUUGAUGAUCAGUUUUGCGUUGCAGCUCAUCAUUCUGUUAGGCUCGCUACCCUUCAAGAAACUCCCAACCAUCAUGUACAUGUUCGUGACGGUAUCGAAGAACUUUCUAAUAAGCUUUCUGCUCUUCGUGCCUCUGAUUGGUUCGUUUAUCUUCGCGUUCUACCUCACGUAUCAUGCACCAUCGAGUGUGGCAGAUCAAUCAAGACCGUUAAGCAAUAAUGACACAUCCCCCAUUGGUGAGUCUUCUCCCAAUUCAAACAGUUUCAACAAUUUCAGCACCUUCUUGGACGCCACCCUAAAAACUUUGGUCAUGACUACGGGCGAGUUCGAUGCUGCUGAUAUCGACCUUAGCGGAGGGAAGCGGCUCUUGUUCUUGUUGUUCCUUUUCUUCGCUCCCAUCGUAAUCCUGAACUUGAUCAACGGUCUCGCCGUCAGUGACAUUGCAGCGAUCCGCGCGGAGUCGGAGUUGAUCAGUAUCAGCAAAAAGGUGUUGCUGUUGGAGCGAUACGAGCGGGGAAUAGCCAACGUAAAAUUUACUUGGUUAAAGCGAUACUUUCCCAAACCCUUCUUUUGGAACCACAAUUGUUGGAUACUGAUCCGCACCGAUCAGUUCCGGAAGAUUUUGGUUCAUAUCUUACCUCCGAAGCCGGAGAAAUCGCCAGAAACCAGUAACGGAAUCGGAUUGUGCCGGGGUUGGUCCCGGCUGUUCUGUUGUCGUUCCCGGUCCACCAUCAAUCAAACAACUGGAACCGCCGACAGUACAGCUGUGACUAUCGAAAUUACCCCCAGCACCACCAACGAAACAAUGACCGACGGUACUCGCGGACCCUCCAGUGGUACAGCCGAGACACACGAUGAUCCAUCGGGACAGUCCACCCACCAAUCAUCGGGCACUGCCUCUAAACUAGACAAAAAGGAUGCAAACGGUAGCGAAUCGAAGGCUGCAAAAGAAAAACCAACAGCGAUCACGUUGUCCUCAUUUUAUCCGCUGUCGCGCAAUGGCACGGACACGGUAAUCAAAUUGCUAUUUUUUAAGGUGCCAGCCUUUUUAACGCUCAAUCGCGCUAUUACGGAGAAAGCACUUGCAGUGAUCGAGCAAAGGUUUCCGAUUGUCAAGCAACACGCGAUCGUUGAAAAGCGUGCGAACAAGAACAGUUCCGAACAAUCUACGGUGAACAGCGGAAAUGAUCUAAAGACUGGGGAUCGUACAAAUGAUCCCAUUGAUUUAGCAGCAGUUCAAACCGAUAUUCGGCGCGCGGAGGCUGCUGCGAACGAACGAACGCACGGCGAGCGGAGUGUCGUAGAAACCAUGCUGGCUGACAUGUCCAUGAAGAUCGCUGAGGUCAAUGAACGGCUUCUGGCGAUGGAACGACGCCGGGCACAGCAUGGCGACCAACGCGGACCAGAGCAGCAUGGCGUCCCGAAACCCACGCAGGGUACCACUCUUUACCAGGCAAAUGGUGGUAAUCGCCAUGCCACCACCACGACGCACUAUGCGAUACCCAGCACGCUGUCGCAGACGCCGGCGGCAACGUAUAUGCAGCCGCCGCCUAUAACGCGGGCGUACCCGACAUUGUCCGCUCCGGUCGGAACAUACCAGCCAUAUCUCGAAAACCCCACGGCGCACGCGACAUACCAACAUGGGUGGCCCCAAACCCUGCUGAACCAGAGCCAAAUAUCGGCGAGGCAAGGGGUUCCCCAAGAUCUGCCGCCGUUUUCCGGACUGGCUGAGGAGUGGCCGAUAUUCAUUGCAAGCUUCGAAAACUCCACCGCGAUAUGCGGGUACAGUGCGGAGCAGAACCUGCUAAGACUCCAAAAGGCGCUGAAGGGGAAGGCGUUAGAGGCGGUAAGGUAUCGUCUAUUCCACCCCUCUAACCUAGCAGGAGUCAUAGCAACACUGCGGACUUUGUUUGGACGGCCAGAGGUGAUCGUACACAACAUGAUCUCCACGAUUCGCCGCCUGCCGCGCCACACCGAGCAACAGAACGCCGGUAACACCUCGAAAAAUGCUGGCUAUGUCAACCCGAACACCAUUAGCAGAUCUGCCGUUACCCAGACCCAUGGGCCCGGCGUAACUGGAGGCUAUGGAGCACAGCAACAGGCCGUCGACUUGGCCAUUGCUCAUGCAUCAGCCACCAGUAGAUUCGCCUCGCCGGUAACGAUGUUCCCGACCAACACAUCGAGCUUCAUGGAGAGGUCGGCAGUCAUCACAUCGGGUGUAGCGAUCGCUACCUCUGGCGCUCCUCAUGCAACUGGCUACGACCCCUCGGAAAGCGCCGAUAGCUACCCGCCUCGACAAUCGGUAAACAACGAAGAAGCCGAGAACACUACCCAGACACCACCCCGUUACCGUUCCAAUGGUCAAGUUACACCUUCACUUGCCGAGACGGAGAACAUCAUUCAACCGAGUGCGCAAACGCUAUCACCACCGAGUCCAGCAGAUGACAAACCCAGGACGGAAACUGCUCGAGUCGGUCAGCGAUUGCUGUACGAAAUUCACUGCGGCAUCCCGCGGCUUGAAGGAAGUAUCGAAGGAGGAGGAUGA